AGAGUUUGGAAGUUUAGCGAAGUUUCUCGACUGGUACAAGCCGGUUUAUUUAAGCUUCUGAUCUGGCACAGAGUGGCACUCGGGGUGGUUUCAAUCGAGAGAAAAAGGGAAUCCUGGUGCUUUUUUUAUUCUUUUUUUUUUUCCAUUUGGAGAGGGGUUGAUUCUUGAAACCCAAAGGUGCUUUUUUUUCCCCCCUGGAAAAAACAACUGGAUUUUUGUUUGUUUUUUUCCUUGAAGACGUUUCGCUUCUCUUCCAAGUGGCUUUUUUUCCCCCUCUCCGGUUCUGAACUUAAAAGUUUUGUUGGCUCAGUUUUGGACUUGUCAAAAACUUCUGGCGGAAAAAAAAAAUUCAGGGUGAUUGUUGUCGAUUUGCUUUUAUUUUCUUUUUUUUUUAAUUCCGAUUGGGCAAGAAGAAGGCAAGCAGAUUUCUUGUCAUCCCAUACAAGCAGGAGAGAAAAGUCAGAACAAGACUGGAGAAUUCAGAUUUUUCUUCUUCUUUCUUUCUUUCUUUCUUUCUGCACCUGUUGGCAAACUUUUUCUCUCUCUCUUUCUUUCUUUCUUUCUUUUUUUGAUUCUGCUUUUAGUUUCCUCCUGCUGAAUCUCUCCCAAGGAUGGCUGACAACCAGAUCCCUUUCUCCUGCUACCCUGGGCGGCAUCGGAAUCUCAGAGAUCCCUUCAGGGAAUCCGGCUUGUCCUCUCGGCUUCUGGACGAUGACUUUAACAUGUCACCUUUUCCUGGGGAUCUGACCGCCAACUGGCCGGAUUGGGCUCGCUCGCCCCUCACAUCAGGUUGGGGGAGCCCUUUAAGGUCAGGGGUGGCCCGGAGCAGUGGCUUCUCCCCUCCGGGGUACGGCUCUCGUUUUGGGGUUCACCCUGAAGGGAGUCCCUUUGGAUCCUCCAGCCCCCCGACCUUUUCGGGCGAGCCUUGGAAAGUCUGCGUCAACGUGCAGAGUUUUAAACCUGAAGAGCUGUCGGUCAAGACCAAGGAAGGUUACGUGGAAGUGUCAGGUAAACAUGAAGAACAACAAGCAGAAGGAGGAAUCGUUUCCAAGAAUUUCACCAAGAAAAUCCAACUUCCCGUGGAAGUGGACCCGACCACGGUCUUCGCCUCCUUGUCCCCCGAAGGUCUCCUGAUCAUCGAAGCUCCACAGAUACCUCCUUACUAUCAGUACGGGGACGGCAGCUAUGGCAAUGAGAUUCCUUUGGAUAGCCAAGAAGCCACCUGUGCCUGAAGUAGACCCUGCCCGAGGCCCUCUUCCCCAACAAAAGCCCCUUCCAUCUUUUGACCACCCCUACAGCUGCCUUCACUCAAAGGCCUUCUUCCUUGUAGAUGUCCCUGGCUACUCUUGAAUGGACGUGUUGAGCUCUCACGUUGGGCUUGGGGGUCGAGGGGAGGGAAGGGUAGCGUUGACCUGGUCUUGGAGGCUUUCCAAUCAGUGGUGUAAAAUUAUACUUGAUGGGCCCUCUCUUAAACAGAGAGGUGAUGUUGUGUCAGAAGGAUUCAGUUCGAGAAAGAUUUCACCGCAUAGCAAAUUUUUUGGAAGUUUUUGAGGAAGUGUUGAAGUCAAGAUUGGUUCUUUAGAUCUUUCAGGAUGAAGAUUUAGAGCUGGGGCAAAUCCAGAAGAGAAGAAAAACUUGGCAAUGUGACUUUCAAGGGGAAGUAAAUUUAGUGGCACUGUUGUGGACAUUUCCCACAAUGCCUGGUGUCGGUAUUCCACGGGGGCAUUGUGGGAAAUGGCUAGCCACCACAACUUUCCAAGCCAGGACGUCUUCAUUGCAUGAGGGAUCUACAACAAUCUUUGGUCUUGCUGAGAAGAAUUUAAGGACUCAUUCAUCAUCUAAGCUUUCAGUCAAUCCAUGUUCAGAAAUGGUCAAAGUUCCCAGACCCAUCAUUCUGAGCUAAGCCUCUUUAUGGCUUGCUUCAUCAUCAUUCAUGAACCAUUACGUUCAUCCCACCAAUAGAGAUCCUAGCCUUGAAACCAAGGAAGUCAUUUUGCCCAAACACGGCUAAGAGAUUGUCUCAAGAUAUCUGGAGAUCUUGUGAAGGUCUCAUGAAACGUUUGGUCUUCUCAAACGGAGAGAUGGAGCAGUUAAGGCCAAGAUAGGUCUUCAAACCCUGGUUGAGAUCUCACCUGCUAGGUGAAACCUGAUGCAUUACACAAUUUUUGUCCCCCAUUAACCAUUUGUGGUGAUUCCUCUCCAACGUCUACACCAGGGCUGUCCAACCUUGGCCACUUUGAAGACUUGUGGACUUGACAUUCUGCGAGUUGAAGUCCACAAGUCUUAAAGUAGCCACGGUUGGAUGGAAUGGGACAAUUCUUGACGGCCACGUGACCCUGCCCAAGUUCUUCUUCACCAUGGCCUGCUGAAGUCUCACCUAAGUGCUUAAACUGCCCUACUACUGAUAUUGCACUAAAAUAAUUUAUGAGUUGCUAUCCUCCAUCCAAGAUGUCCAGAGCACUGAUUUACAAUGCGCUGAAGAAGAUAUGUUUUUUUUUUUUAAAAUUUUGUUCUCACCACACUCGGUUCUUUUCUAGCUGACUCGUCUUCAUCCUAAAAAGAGCCUCUUUUAACUUCAAGGGCUGAUUUGGCAUCGGGGCAAGCAAUGCUAAAAUUCCUCAGAUCCCAAAAUUGCCAUUGUAACAGUGCUGCCACCGCCUUGUCCUUCUUCCGUAAAUGCUCCUUGCAACAUGACACCCAUCUCUGCUCCCCGGUUUCAUGGAGGACUUAACUGAUUAUAUUUUCAUUUUUUUUUUCUCUGUAUACUGUAUCCGAUGUAGCAACCAAUUGUCCUUAAUAAACGUUUGGGUAUAUGUGAGGUAUUUAUGCCAAUAUAGGAAUAAGAA